UAUAUAUAUAUAUAUACACGUGCCUUCUUAUUUCCUCUAUAGCUUAUUCUCUCUCUAAAAAGGCUAACGUAUCCCAAGAGGAACAUAGAAGAAGAAGAGCAAUCGACGUUCUCCAUAAGCUAGAUUCCUGCUGCAUAUAAAUUAAAUCAAUGGGUCAUCUCCAAAACAAGCUUCUUUUGAUCACCCUUCUCAUAUUCUUCUCCUUCCACAACCUGUUCUCUUGUUGCUACUCUACCUUGGAGGAGAGCUCCAUUAAUAAUCCCUACUAUGACACCGCUAACUAUCGCAUGGACUACUAUGAUUCCCUUCCUUAUCAAGAACUCAGUAGUGGCGCUGGUCCGACGUCUCCGGAGAGAGCUUUCAACGUCGACGAUUACGGUGCGAGGGCCGACGGAACGACCGACGAUCGCGACGCGUUUCUGAAGGCGUGGAACGCGACGUGCUCGUCGUCGUCGGAUUCUGCUGCAUUCGUAGUGCCUGAGGGGAAAACUUAUCUCCUGAAGCCACUUAUCUUCUCCGGCCCAUGCAAAGCUACUCAUGUUACUGUGAUGAUUAGAGGAACACUUGAAGCUUCGAAGGAUCGAUCGGAUUGGCCGACCGACGAGAUUCGGACGCAUUGGAUCAAAUUCGAGAGCGUAAAAAACCUGCUAGUGCAAGGUGGUGGAACACUCGAUGGAAAUGGUGACAUUUGGUGGCAAAACUCUUGCAAGAUCGAUGAAUCUCUACCUUGCAUUCACGCGCCAACGGCUUUGUACUUCUACGGGUGCCAAAACUUGAGAGUGGAAAACAUCAAUCUAAGAGAUAGCCAACAAAUCCACAUGACAUUCGGGUACUGCGCCGACGUCGAAGCGUCCGAGCUAACCAUCACCGCACCCGAAUGGAGCCCGAACACCGACGGAAUUCACGUCGCGAGCACCACGAACGCGCACAUACACGACUGUUCGAUCGGAACCGGAGAUGAUUGCAUCUCGAUUGUUAAUGGCUCGAGGAAUAUAAAGGCCACGAACAUAGUUUGCGGUCCGGGUCACGGAAUUAGCAUAGGGAGUUUAGGAGCGAACCACUCGACAGAUCAUGUGUCUGAUGUGAUUGUUGACAAUGCCAUGUUGACGGGUACAACAAAUGGAGUGCGCAUCAAAACUUGGCAGGGAGGACAAGGACAUGCGAAAAACAUAAUUUUCAAAAACAUAAACGUGCAUAACGUCUCCAAUCCUAUUAUCAUAAAUCAGGACUAUUGCGACUCCAUGAUCCCAUGCCAUGAACAGAAAUCAGCUGUUGCUGUAAGUGGAAUCCUUUACAAAAAUAUCAAGGGAACUAGCGCUACAGAAUUUGCUCUGAAAUUAAAUUGCAGCAAAAGUGUUCCAUGCCAUGAUGUGGUGUUACAGGAUAUUUCUUUAGAAGGAGAAGGUGGAAUUCCUAUCCAUAGUUUGUGUCGGAAUGUUAAAUGGACUGCAAUUGGAAAUAUCUAUCCUACUUGUUCUUCAUAGACAUAGUUCAAUGUUCAGGAAAUAGAAAAACAAUAUGAUGGUUAAUGUUAUAGACCUAUUUUCUAGUCUAUAUAUAUUUUGUGCAGUUAUAUGAAA